GAGGCACAUCAGGCUGGGCUGCGGACAGAGGCACAUCAGGCUGGGCAGCAGGCACCGGGCCGUCAGGCAAGGCAGCAGGCACGGGCCUUCUAGCAGAACAGCGGGCACGAGUCACCUGGCACGACAGCGGGCACUGAGUCAUCUGGCACGACAGCGGGCACCGAGUUAUCUGGCACAACAGCGGGCACCGAGUCAUCUGGCAUGACAGCGGGCACCGGGUCACCAAGCUCAACAGCGGGCACCGAGUCAUCUGGCACGACAGCGGGCACCGAGUCAUCUGGCACGACAGCGGGCACCGAGUCAUCUGGCAAGAUAGUGGGGGCACCGGGUCACCAAGCUCGACAGCGGGCACCAAGUUAUCUGGCAGGACAGUGGGCACUGAGUCACCAAGCUCGACAGCGGGCACCGAGUCAUCUGGCACGACAGCGGGCACCGAGUCAUCUGGCACGACAGCGGGCACCGAGUCAUCUGGCUGGAUCAGGUUGGAUCGGGUCAUCAGGCUGGAUCACGAACACCGGGUCAUCAGGCUGGAUUGGGUCAUCAGGCUGGAUCGGGACAUCAGGCUGAACAACGGAAGGCGGGUUCUCAGACAGCAGGCUGACCAGUUUGGAUACUGGUAGGA